AUGGGGCGCGUGCAUCUACGGUGCCUGCAGCAGUGGAUCGAGCGGCGGCGAAUGGACGGCUGCGAUCACGACGCGCUCACGUGCGAAGUGUGCCGCUCGCCGUACCGCCUCCGCAUUCACGAGAGUGAGUCGCUCUACAGUACCUCGUGGGGAAGGAAGGGGGGGAAAGAAGCGGGAAGCGGGGAAGGAAACGGGGGGAGGAAGGGGGGGGAGGAAAGGGGAAGUGGGGAAGGGCUAGAUCUCACCUGGGAGCGGCUGUGCUCCUAUGCAUCCAUCUCGUUCUAUGCUGAGUUCUGCACCAUCUGCGCCACCCUCGCCUCCAUGGUCUUCCUCUUCUUCCUCAUUGUCAUCGGCGACAGUGACGAGGAGGGUAGGGAGCUGAGUCUAUUUGCAGCAGUGGUGGUGGCAGCAUGUGUAAUCACCCUCGGCAUUCUCACUCUCUUCAAGGUCACCUCCAGGUCACCUCCAGGUGGCGACAAGCCAUCUCAGUGCCGCUGCUGUCGCCGCGGGGCCCUCUCUCCCCCCCCAUACCCUCCUCGCCCCGCCUCUCGUAACUUCAAGGCAAAAUCAAGGCCAUUUCGCGGGAACCUGUCUCCCUACUCAUCCCCCCCUCGUCGUCAACCCAUUUCUGAGCAGCUGCUGCCACCCCAGGGCCCUCUCCCCACCCAUCCCCUCCUCACCCCGCCUCUCAAACUAGGCAUCUUCAAAGGAAAAUCAAGGGCAUUCCUCGGGGCCCUCUCUCCCCACCCGUGCCCUCCCUCCCCCGCCUCUCUUGCAGCUGCUGCCUUCUCGGGGGGGCGCCCCCUCUCCCCACCCAUGGCCUCCUCGCCCCUCCUCUCAUCGUAA